GCGAAACGCACCUCCAUCCCGAAGGCUGCCCGCCUCCACGGUGCGACCGCCCCUCCUCGAGCCUGCGCCCUGAAUUCGUCGUAAACUCUACCCUGUAAAUGUGAGGCGAGAGGAUUUUACGCCGCUCGUAAUAAAGGCUGUAACCAGCUGCUGGACGAGGCGCAGGUGACCCUCUCCUUCCAGGACUGGCCGGCGUCACCCAACGCAUCCAUCAAACCAUGCGUGGACAGUUUGAGGGGAAGCCGGAGCCGCUGCUGUUCCGCAUCCCUCAGGCUUUCUUCCAGGCGCUGCAGCAGCAGAUGUCCGGGGGGAGCGCAAAGAAGAUGCUGCCCAACUCCACCAGGGGUGAGACGCCGACACGCUCCGCACCUGGGAAAUCCCUUCGCCCCCAGGUCCAGGAGGAAGAGCCCAGCAGCACCUCGAAAAAGCUCCCUCCCUCCCUCCCGCUGCUUUCUAGCGGCUUUUCCCCUCGCUGCAGCCCAGAGGAAAAUAGCACAGCUGCAGGAGUGCGCCCCAGAGAGCCGAGUCCUGGGGAGAAGCAGCCGGCCAAGGGCAGAGCCCGCUCCUCAGCAGUUGCCCCCCCCAGCCCGGGCCCAUGGCCACAGAGUGGAGCAAGAGGAAAAGUGGGAGAAGAAAAGGAAGGAAGAGGACAGUGGCACAUCACCAACGUCCUGCAGCUGCCGCUGGAGAUGCCCCGGGAUGGCUCCUGCGAGCUCUUCAGGUGCCCCGAGGUGGAGGUGGAGAGCAUCGUGGAGACCUGCGGCCCCCUGGAGCAGCUCAAACCCACUCAGAGGAAGGUUAAGGGGGGGCCAAGCUGGGACCCCCCCCCAGCCAGGACCUCCAGGGGCCAGGAGUCCCCCCCCGGCAGCUUCUUCCCCCCAGAGUGGGAGCAGCAGCAGCCCCCCCCCAGGAGCCUGGAGCGAGACCCCUGCGGGAGCUGCAGACCACAGCAGGGGGGGGGCCCCAGGACCUUCCCCCCCGAGGGCUUCUUCUUCUAA